AUGGAGCCAACGUCGCGCUGCUACGCCGUCAAGAUCUCGCUCUGGGGUGAGCACCGACCCGCGCGGGUGCGCGAGGGCCUUCGCUGGCUGACUGAGCUUGUGCUGCCGUCGGUAACGGCGGCGGCCGCCUUCCACCGGCACACACAAGCAGGUCACCCGUCGGCCUCACACGACGCCCUUGUGCUCCUCGGCGGGACCUACUCGUCCAACCGAACAGAGGCCCAGCUGGACGCCGCCGCGCUCACGUGGCCGAGCGGUGCUGCGCACGUCUUCAGGAGCGGCGCGGCCGCGGCGGCGGGGGCGCGGCAGCUACUCCUGCAGCGGCGCCGGUGUGGGUGGAUCACAUUCGUGCGGCUCGACGCCGACGACAUGCUGACGCAGGCCGCCUUCCGACAGAUUGAGCGGUCGGCGCCGUCCCUCCCGCGAGGCGACGUGCUGCUUCACGGCGCGCACCGCGUCGAUCGCAUCACGCUCUUCAGCGAGCCCGGCCGUGUGGGUGGCGUCGUAGGGAGCGGACUGCUGCACUGCGCGUGGGACGACGGCGGAGGCUCCUUCCAGCUGUCGCAGGGCCAGUCCGUCUCGCUGGAGGCGAGCCUGUGGCGCUCGCUCGGCGCGCCGUACGAGGUGCACGGCCACCACGUCCACCUGCAGAAGAUCUGGCGGCAGAGGUUGCUGCCGCUCAACGAGCAGCUGCGGCGCGCGGCGCCGCCGCGGCCGCCCCACCGAGUGCGCACGGCGACGCUGGAGCGCGCCGCCAUCUACCUCAAGACCUUUUUGUCGGGCUCCUUCGUCAAGGAGAGGCUCGCACGCGGGAGCCAGCCGCAGCGGGCGCUGCGCCGCGCCGCCGCCGGCUGCGACAGAGCGCUCGUGGAGGCGAGGGUCGGCGCAGCCAACGCGGCGCUCCUCUUCCGCGUCCGCCCGCCGGCUCUGACCGGGGCGGACGCGAGGCAGGUCACGGUGCUGAUGGGCAGGUUGUGA